GUGUAUACCACACAUACACCCAGCGUACCCCCACGAGCGUGAACUACACCGUCCCUAGUAACGUGUGACCGUCUUCAAACAACCUCGUCAAAGAAGAAGACGACAGUUUAAUUAACAGGCUUGUCGAAGUACCACGUGACCCGCCGGGAGAAGAGCAGGUAGUCAGGUGAGAUCCCGUCUGCUGCGAGACUCUCGUUAGAGGAAUAUGCCUCAGGCCCGCAUCUCACCGAUGGAUCGCCUCGCCGCCCCCCGCCGCCAGAAGGUGUUCAGCAGGUCCCUGCUGCCCCUGGGGGACAACUUACCUUACUGGUCCACCCUGUCCCUGGACUCCAAGUUGCCCGUGGCCCCUAGCCCCCGGGGAUCGUACACGCUGUUUACCACGGAGAUCGGUCAACCCAAGUACAUCAACAGGCAGAAAUACGACUUCGACCUGACGGACCCCCCUAGGUAACGCCACCCCUGCCGAGUACGACUCCCUACAAGACCCCUUCCUCAAGAACUACUUCCAGAAACCCCCGACCAAGCGCAUCUUGCUGGGCAACGGGCUCAUCACCAAGGACUCAAAGAUCACAUGCUCCGUGAAGGAGUUCAACGAAUACAGGGAAUACUUACGCCACAGGAGCGUCACAGACUUUAAUCUCAAGAGGCACAGACAACUCGAGCUUGAAGCUAACAGACGGAGGUCUCGCGAGGCCCAGUCCGAGAGUGACCUCUCAGAACGGGAUGAAGAGCGCCAGAACUCCAUUUUGAAAGCGAGGCUUGACAUGUACAACCGGGAGUGAGAGCCUCGUUACAAGACUGAAGCGGCGGGAGAGUUUAUUGUCGUUCAGGAUGGAGGAGAAACGACAUAGACACAUAGCUGAUACCGAGAGGCGAAUCAGGGACUCUUGGGAAGAGAGGAAGCGACGUCAGCAGCAAAUGCUUGAACGGGAAAAUGAGGUCGAAAAGCUGGACUACAACCGGAAACGGGAGCAGCUCGAACGAAGGGAGAAAACACUUGUCAGACAACGUGAGCACCAGCUCGCCCGCCUGGAACAAAUUAAGACCGAAUUCCUGAAGGGUAGAGAAAGGAAGUUCGGGAAAAGGUCGCGGAUGAACUCCCUUGACAGAUCUAACCAAUCACAGCGAGGAACAGAACCAAACUUGGAUAAAUCCGGUAAUCAGAAAGCUGUAAAACCGGAAGGAGCCAAAGUGAAUGUUGACAAUAAAGAGCCAGGCAAGGAGAAGAAGUCUUCGGAAAGAGAGGAAAAUGAUAAGACGAAAGAGGAAGUGAAUCAAGAAUGAACGUUAUCAGAUUUGAGACAGACUGUUCAGUGAGAGAUGAAAAAUAGAAGAGGAAAAAAAAUGUCAUGACAAGCGGAGAUCACUCUGUAAAAACAAACAAACUUCAGUUGCGUUCUCGUGUUUCGAUGUUAAUGAUGACGGGAACAUGAUAACGCUCUUAUUAUAAAUUUGAUCGUGAAGUAUUCUGUUGAAAAUUAAUUUCAUUCCAUUUCAUGUCGAUGUAUUAAAGGCAAAAUUUCGUCCUUAACCAAACUCAGUGAUAGGAAGCCAGUAUUGUCCUUAAUCUUCUUUCACGGCCAUAUUGUGACAGUGUUUCAAUCCAUUAUCCAUUAUUUUUGUUAUUUUUGACAAGCACUUGUUCCCAUGAUCGCAACCGUGGACGGCAGUUGUCGUUCUUGGUAAGGACUGACGAAUGUAGGUUUUGUAUACUACAGGUUAUUAGCACGAUCCGAAUCUACUGACGUUUAGUACUGGAAGUGGACGCCUUUAAAUUUGGAGAAUCUUUGACACGAUUCAAAGCUCAAUUUCUGAAGCAUCCUUUCAAACAUAUUUCGAAUUUCCACAUCUAUGUCUCGUUUCUGUAACCUUGCUUGCUAAACUCCUGUGAAAAGGAAAGUGCACAUUUAGUGAUUGGGAUUAUUGUCCGAAAAGCAACGUAAAUAUUUCGAAAUUAAAGUUUUUUGGUUGCAA